CAGCGGCCGCGGGUCCCCAGCGGAGCGCCUGCCCACAAACAUGGCGGCGCCCUACUCGGCUUCUCGCCGCCGGGACCGUGGAGCCGACUCGGCCUUGCCAGUACUCGGGGACUUCCUUCGCUCGCCGGCUUCCUGCCCGGCUGGCAUUUAAACCAGCUCCUGGGGCUACGGGAUGCUGCUGCGGAUGCUCAGCUGCCUGCCCGCUGGGCAAAGCAGACGCCGACGCCUCCCCUGAGCCGCCUCCGCCGCAUCCCUUAGCCGCUCGCCUGGCAGAGCUGGUUAGGGCUGGGGCGAGAUCUGGGACCCCCGGCUUCGGACUCCGACAUCUGGCAGUUUCACUGGAGGUUCGACUUUAAUUUCCAAGACUGCAACCCUCUUCUCCCAGCCCAGGCUGUUUUUCCUCCCUUUGGCCUGGGCUGCUGGAUGAAGCAGGGGCUGGGCUAGGUACGGACAGCAGAAGAGCGCGCUGCUGCACCUCCGCCCUUCCGAGCCUCGGACCCGGGCCAUGGUGCGGCUGUGCCCGGCACUCCGGUGAGGCUGCUGCGGCUCAGAGCCCAGCGGGCCGGCCCUGCGGGACACCUUCCCUGAAGAGCCUUCUUGGGGGCUGCGCGCAGGGGGGCGAGUGGCAGCCGCGAUGUUCAGCUGGCUGGGUACAGACGACCGCCGGAGGAAAGACCCCGAGGUCUUCCAAACGGUGAGCGAGGGGCUCAAGAAACUGUACAAAAGCAAGCUGCUGCCCCUGGAAGAGCAUUACCGCUUCCAUGAGUUUCACUCGCCCGCCUUGGAGGAUGCAGAUUUCGACAACAAGCCCAUGGUCCUGUUGGUGGGCCAGUACUCCACCGGGAAGACCACCUUCAUCAGGUACCUGCUGGAACAGGAUUUCCCAGGCAUGAGGAUUGGGCCUGAACCAACCACUGACUCCUUCAUUGCAGUGAUGCAGGGCGAUGUGGAGGGGAUCAUCCCUGGGAAUGCUCUGGUGGUGGAUCCUAAGAAACCCUUCAGGAAACUCAAUGCCUUUGGCAAUGCCUUCUUGAACAGGUUCGUGUGUGCCCAACUGCCCAACCCUGUGCUGGAGAGCAUCAGCGUCAUCGACACGCCAGGGAUCCUCUCCGGGGAGAAGCAGAGGAUCAGCCGAGGGUAUGACUUUGCGGCCGUCCUUGAGUGGUUUGCCGAGCGGGUGGACCGCAUCAUCCUGCUCUUCGACGCCCAUAAGCUGGACAUCUCUGACGAGUUCUCAGAAGUCAUCAAGGCCCUCAAGAACCACGAGGACAAGAUGCGGGUGGUACUGAACAAGGCUGACCAGAUUGAGACACAGCAGCUGAUGCGGGUGUACGGGGCCCUCAUGUGGUCCCUGGGCAAGAUUGUGAACACGCCAGAAGUGAUCCGGGUCUACAUCGGCUCCUUCUGGUCCCACCCUCUCCUCAUCCCAGACAACCGGAAGCUCUUCGAGGCUGAGGAGCAGGACCUGUUCAGGGACAUCCAGAGUCUGCCCCGAAAUGCUGCCCUGCGUAAGCUCAAUGACCUCAUCAAGAGAGCCAGGCUGGCCAAGGUCCACGCCUACAUCAUCAGCUCCCUGAAGAAGGAGAUGCCCUCGGUGUUUGGCAAGGACAACAAGAAGAAGGAACUGGUGAACAACCUGGCUGAGAUUUAUGGCCGGAUUGAGCGGGAGCACCAGAUCUCACCUGGAGACUUCCCCAACCUGAAGAGGAUGCAGGACCAGCUGCAGGCCCAGGACUUUGGCAAAUUCCAGCCACUGAAGACCAAACUGCUAGAGGUGGUGGAUGACAUGCUGGCCCAUGACAUUGCCCAGCUCAUGGUGCUGGUGCGGCAGGAAGAGACACAGAGACCCAUCCAGAUGGUGAAGGGUGGGGCGUUUGAAGGCACCCUGCACGGCCCCUUCGGGCACGGCUAUGGGGAAGGGGCCGGGGAAGGCAUUGACGAUGCUGAGUGGGUAGUGGCCAGGGACAAGCCCAUGUACGAUGAGAUCUUCUACACCCUGUCACCUGUGGAUGGCAAGAUCACAGGUGCUAAUGCCAAGAAGGAGAUGGUGCGCUCCAAACUGCCCAACAGUGUGCUGGGCAAGAUCUGGAAGCUGGCUGACAUCGACAAGGAUGGCAUGCUGGAUGACGAGGAGUUCGCACUGGCCAACCACCUCAUCAAGGUCAAGCUGGAAGGUCAUGAGCUGCCCAAUGAGCUGCCUGCCCACCUACUGCCCCCAUCCAAGAGGAAGAUUGCCGAGUGAUGGAGUUGGGGGGAGUGGUUCAGACAGGCAUGUGUCAGAGGAGGAGGCAGAAGCAGUGACCACACACAUGCACACACAUGCGCACACACACACACACACAGAUCUUGAGAAUUGCGUUGUAGAUGAGGGGAACAGUGAUCCCCACAUUUGCAGGCUGGUCCUUGUUUGGUUACAUCUCCAAUUCUUGGGAUUGGUAGAAGCAUAAGGGCACUCUCAGGUCCCAGGUUUAAGUCUAUGUCUCUAUUCCUUUUUCCCUCCCAACUACCACAUCCCAAAGAGCUGAGGCAAUUUACUCACCACCACCCCCACAAAUGGCCUACCCAUCCCCAUAUUCCCCAGCACCUCCACCCAGGCUCUGAGCAGAUGGAAAAGGCCUUUCAUUUACUAGGCAAUUCAUGUUUUCUUUUCCUGUGUCUACCCCCUCUUUGUCUUCCUAGUAAGGAAUCUACUCAGGGGCUAGGAGAUAUGAGGAAGGGGGCAGCUGCAGGGAGGGGAGGCAAGAAAAGAAGCAUUCUUUGGGACACUGUGGUCCACACUUGAGACAUUGCCCCAUGAGCUGUUCUUUCCUAAUUUAAGGUUCUGUCUUCCUCAGCAAAUGUGACUUUAAACUCUGCCGUACUUUAUUUCAAAGAAUCCUAGAGGGGAAAAAGAGAAGAAAUUGGGAGGGAAGAGCAAGGAAGUUGUCCUUAGUCUUCUAAGGUCUUAGUCCAUAGAUUUUGAGAGAUUUCUGUUCUUGCCACCUGGCCUGUGAUGGUGUUCAUACUUGACUCACAUUCUUUUAGCCUUCCCUGGUACAGGAUCUAUGUUAGGCAUUUGAUAUAUAUUUUAUCCCAUGUGGUCUCAAUAGCCCCUAGGGGAGGAUGCUUCAGUCCUCCACUGUGCAAAUGAGAAGUCAGAUCCAGAGGACUUUAGGACCCUCCCAAAAUCAUAGAGGUCACACAUGAGGGAAGAUUCAAAGUCAGGGCCUUAGACCCUGCCCUGUGCUGUGAUAUGUGUAGGAUCCCAGCAUCGCUACCUGAGGACAAGCCAAGCAUGCAGCCCUCUCGCAGCCUCCCAGAGCAGGCUACCAAAGGAGGUGGUCUGGCCAGCAUUUGGUAGGCCAUCAGUCUGGCCAUCUGUCUCAUCACAGAAGCAAACUGUGCCUUCUGGCUAUGCACCCCAUGUUCUAACAUCGCAGAAGUCAACAGCACCAGCAGGUGAGUGGGCUGGCCUGCUGGAUGCUGUUCGUGCCUGUCCUUGCUCAGCCACCCACCCAAUAGCCUGAAUCAUCCAGCUCAAAUGCAGCUACCGGUUCUUUUAUCAGGUGGAACCUCAUCCUAACUCUAGAAGUCUGGGGUCUUGUUCCCUGUAGGGUCCCCAGGGACUCUGCAGUCUCCUUGGCUAAUCCCCACCAAACUCAGUGCCCUACACUCUCCCCUGCCUUGCUUCAUGGCCACUGUACCAGUCACUUUGUAUGCUAUGCUCCUACUGUGAUGGAAAAGAAGUAUAACUUAUUUUAUAUGUAUGUUUAGACUAUAUAGAGAAUAUUCUAUGUAUCUAUGACGUGCAUACUACUGCAGUGUGUUUGUCAUUAGUAUUCAUGUUAACACAGCACAUUUAUCCUUUUGGUACCCACCUGGCCACAGUGCUUCAUUUCAUGGGAGGCUGAAGGAGUGGGGCUAGGCUCUUUUUUUAGAGUUUCCGGCAGCAUCUUUGGCAAAUGAUGACUCACUGGGGCUGCCAGAGAUCAGCAUUCACAAACGGCAUCCCACUGGCCUGGGACUUCUCCAGGCACAGUGAACAGUCACAGGCAAGUGGUUGAAGCCACUACUUCCUGCCCUCGGUAGUAGGCGUGGUCUCAAACCCUGGGCUUCCUUUUGCAAACACAUGUUUCUCUUUCCCAUAAAAUGAAGGGCAAAGGAAGCCCAAGGCAAUGAGUUUCUUCCUCUCCCAAGUGAAAGCUCAGCCAUGGGGCUAUUUCUCAGCUCCACAUCUUUCCUUGAGCUGAAAGAAAAAUGGGAAGGAAAUAUCAGAGGAAGGCGAAGUCUCUGACUUUUUAUUUUAAAAGAAAAGGAGAUGUGUGCCCUCCCCUUCAGUGUCAUCUAUACACACACGCCACACUCCUGCCCUUCCACCUUUACUGCCUCUCUGCUCCCUUCUUUAAGAUUCCACUCAGAAGACGGCUGUGAGGCAUGAGAUUCCACAUUUGUACUAUUCUCAUCUCCCUUGAAAGAGAAAAUGAUGCCGGAGGUUCUUCCCAAUGGAGAAGGGACAAGAGUAGGUCACUUGCUCUGAGGCAGUGCCCUCUAGCUUUGCUUUCUUAUCCUACUGACACCUUCCAGUUUUCAGGAGCCUCAAGAGAGCUCAUGCCUCAGCCUGGGAAACAUUUGCUCCGAGGCAGUCCCACAGACAAGAAGCUCUGGAGCACCCACGCUGCUCAGUCUAGGCCACAAAAGCCCAAAUGAAAACAGCAACUCCCUGCACUACUGACCCAGUAAGGCCAGAGGUUAGAGCCAAAGACCUAAACCGACACCAAAGUACAGUCAUGUACAUGUGCAAGUAACACUGCUGGCAGUAGCAGGGUGCAGGCCUUGGUUUGCAGAGUAGGGAGAGGUGACCCUGAGUCACUCCCCUACACACACUACCACCACCCAUUUGGUCCCCUCUCUUGUGUUUUUGAGUUAGCUCCUCAAAAUUAGCAGAACUAUCUAGGGAGGAGAACAAACUCACCCAUUCUCCCUGUGAAAUGCUAACUAGCCUCUAUACUUAUCCAGCCCUUUCAUCUUUUAAUUUGUCCAUCCAUCCAUCCAUUCAUUUUUCUUUCACUCAGAAGACACUGAGCAUCUAUUAUAGACAACACCCUCAGGAAAAAUAUUGAGAGCCAUUCUCAUUCCUUGAGCCAUUCAAAAACAAUAAAGUCUACCUGUGCAGUAGGCACAAUUCCCAAUCAUCAGAUUGAGUUUCUAGAUCAGAGAGUUUCUAGCCUAAUACAAAAAUAGGCAUUUCUACAAAUAUUGGUAAUGCAAUGAGUCAACAAAACAAAUGUGGUGGAGGGGGACGUACAGCUGAAGUGGGGCCUCAGGAGAGUCAGAAAUGGCUUCAAACAAGGGGGAGGGUAGUCAGAGAAAUCCUCCACUGCAAUUGGUCGCUUGAACUGAACCUGAGAAGCCUUCUGGGGCCAGACUCUCAAGCCUAUCUUGCGUAUCUUCCCUCCCUCAUCGAAGAGAGGCGGAAUUUUUUUUUUUUUAAUCAAAACUAAGCACGCAGCAUUCCCAGCCCACCAAAUCAGGACACAUUGAGAACCACUGAUAUAUUUGAGGAAAAGCACGAUUAGAAUUUUGCCUCUGGGGACUAUGCUGACUUUUCACAGAUGAUUUUCAAAUGAAAAUUUUAUCAGUAUCUUUAGAGUGGAAAUUUUAAAUGCCUGGAGGAAAAGCAAAUUGGUAAUGGAGGAAUGUCAGUUUUCCCUGCCAAGCUGAGGGCAAUGAGAGGAUGGGAGGGCUAUGGCCCUCCUAAUUGGUGCCAUUCCCCACACUGUGGAUCUCCUAUUCUGGUCUGUCCGGGAGGAUUGAGCUUUCUGUCCCUUCAAGUGAGGUGAACGUUGUGACUUGUUCGAGUUAGUGAAAUGGAGAGUAAACAAUAUCCUUUCCUUGCAGAAACCAA